AUGCACAGCAAAACAUUCCUCGUCUCUGCCCUUGUGGCUUUUGCCUCUGUAUCCUUGGCCUCCGAGCACGAGCACGAGCACGAGAAUCGAGGCUCUCACAACGACAACUUCGGCGACGUCCCUCUUCUGGCUCAAAGCACCAAUGACAACGUCCAGGGACCCUUGCCUGUUCAAAAGCUACUCAGCUUCCCAGCACCGGCAGCUCGCCAGGAUACCGGCUCUCCAUUCGACGACGAACUUGAGGCUCGAUCACCCCAUGCCCCGAGCGCUGUGACGCCCCAAUCUGAAGAUGAUGGUGCACAUCAAGUCGAUGCAAGAGCUCUUCCCGGACUCAGCGACUUGGUCCACGUCCCGGACUAUGUCAAAAGGGCUAUCCUCGAUGAUCCCAGAGCAGCCGAGUUGUUGGCCAAGGAGUUGUCUGGAACGAACGUGCCACAGUGGUAUGCCAAGUUGGACGAAGGUGCCACCAACUACGACGCCACAAUCACACCACCUCCCACCAUGAGCAUCCAAGCUCCUGAGCAGGAGAUUGUCGACUACUGGAUCUCCAGCAUUUCAAUGUACCAGAGCAUGAUCUCCGCACAGCUCGAUGAAAUGGUUCUUCUAGCAUCCUCAGAGUCACGAGAAGCUAGUCGAUUGUCUGAUUCAGCAUCCUCGCUAUCAACAUACGCCACAGGCAUCACAGACAGUCAACUGGAGACCAGCGCGUUCGCACUAUCGAACCAGGCCGUCACAAUGUCGUCCGAAGCUGCCUCAAUCUUCAGCUUUGCUGCCUCGGCGUCCGAAGCCGUGUUCACGUCCGUGGACGAUGAGGACGAGCAGAGCGGAGCCUCGUCCACAGACAUGACACUAGCGCUGGGUUCAAGCAUCGUGGGCGCUGUGGUGUGCCUCGUAUUUGCUAUUGCGCUGUGA